AUGGAAAGGAACCCUAAAAGUUGGUGCAGGGCAUUCUUUGAAGUGGGCAGGGCUUGUGAUGCUUAUGAGAAUGGCAUAUCAGAAAGUUUCAACUUUGUUAUUGAUCUUGCUAGGAAAAGGCCACUCAUCACCAUGUUGGAAGAGAUAAGGAUUUAUGCAAUGGAGAGGAUGUAUAAAAUGUUGCAAGAGGGACAAAGUUGGGGGAAUUUAAAAAUAUGUCCAUCUAUAAGGUUGAAGAUAUCAAAGCUAAAGAAACAGCAAAGAUUUUGGGGUGUUAUACCAUCUGGGAUACAACAAUAUGAAGUUAGGAUUGGAAAUGAUGGAUAUGCUGUGGACCUUAACAACAACACAUGUGGAUGUAGAUCUUGGCAAGUAUCAGGUAUCCCAUGUGUGCAUGUAGUGGCAGCCAUUUCAUACCUCAACAGGAAUGCAGAGGAUUAUGUUGCACCAUGGUUCCAUACAGCCAUGUUCUUGACUUGUUACAACCAUACCAUUAACCCACUUAAUGGUAGUUCCAUGUGGCCUGAAUCUCCCUACAUGAAGCCAUUGCCUCCUCAAAAAAGAAGGUUACCAGGAAGGCCAACCCUUAAAAGGAAAAAAGAUCAAUCUGAGAUGGAAAGCAAGGGGAAAACAAGGCAUACUAUCUCAAAAGCAGGUUCAGUUAAUAGAUGCACUAUUUGUAGAGAAAGGGGCCACAAUAGAUCAACAUGUCCUACUAGACCAGCAGAUGUAGCAUCCACUUCAAGGCCAAAAAACAAGAAACCUAAAAAAAGUAAAAAAAGAGAAAGGUAUGCUAUUAAAACAAUAUAA